AUGGUAUUCAUUAGCAUCUAUACACCGGAGUCCAAAGGAGUCUAUCUGAGUCCUUUAUGGAAUCGGUUCGCUGUUCACAAUGGCAAGGCGACAGUGGUGCCGUUCAUGGCGCUGAAUCGAUGUGCGCGGCUCCUCCGUGGUGUGCAGUAUCCGGUGUCGGAUCGGUUGAAUGUAGAACAGGUUUUCGAUCGGCGGACGGGAAAACCUCGCCAUGAUGUUCUCAGAGAUUAUUUUAUUAAGGAGGGUCGAAUUGAAGAAGACGCGGCCAUACGCAUUAUCCAGGAAUGUACAGCAUUAUUUCGGCAGGAAAAAACUAUGCUAGAUAUUGAAGCGCCGGUUACAGUAUGUGGCGAUAUUCACGGGCAAUUCUACGACCUGAUGAAGUUGUUCGAGGUCGGUGGUUCACCAGCUUCUACGAAAUAUCUCUUCCUGGGUGACUACGUUGAUCGAGGAUACUUUUCAAUUGAAUGCGUCUUAUACCUUUGGGCAUUGAAGAUCUGCUAUCCGAACACAUUAUUCCUUUUACGGGGCAACCACGAGUGUCGUCAUCUUACCGAAUACUUCACAUUCAAACAAGAAUGCAAAAUCAAGUAUUCGGAGCGCGUGUACGAUGCCUGUAUGGAUUCGUUCGAUGCGUUACCGUUGGCAGCGUUGAUGAACCAGCAGUUCCUAUGUGUUCAUGGUGGACUUUCGCCUGAAAUUCAUACCCUCGACGACAUUAAAAGGUUGGAUCGUUUCAAAGAGCCCCCAGCGUUUGGACCGAUGUGCGACCUAUUAUGGUCGGAUCCUUUAGAAGAUUUUGGUAGCGAGAGGAAUGCUGAACAGUUUAGUCACAACUCGGUACGAGGAUGCUCCUACUUCUAUAGUUAUGCUGCGUGUUGUGACUUCCUUCAACACAACAACCUCUUAUCCAUAAUACGUGCGCACGAAGCUCAGGAUGCGGGGUAUCGUAUGUACCGAAAAUCGCAAGCGACGGGAUUUCCUUCACUCAUUACCAUAUUUAGUGCUCCCAAUUAUCUCGAUGUAUAUAACAACAAAGCGGCUAUCCUGAAAUACGAGAAUAAUGUGAUGAACAUUCGGCAAUUUAACUGCAGUCCACAUCCAUAUUGGUUGCCGAAUUUCAUGGAUGUGUUCACCUGGUCUCUACCCUUUGUGGGCGAGAAAGUGACGGAAAUGUUGGUGCACAUUUUGAAUAUUUGCUCCGAUGACGAGUUGAUGGCCGACGGAGACGACACAUUCGAAGGUGGAGUACCAUCAGCACGAAAAGAGGUGAUCCGACACAAGAUUCGGGCUAUAGGAAAAAUGGCGCGUGCUUUCUCUGUGCUCAGAGAGGAAAGCGAAACGGUGUUGGCACUUAAAGGUCUCACGCCAACUGGUACGCUGCCGUUGGGCAUACUGCAUGAGGGUAGACGUGGAGUACAAGAGGGUAGACACGAGAGCGAGACGGUGCUGCAACUCAAGGGCCUAAAUCCAGGAGGCAAACUGCCACAAGGUAUUCUGUCCGGAGGAAGGUCGGCGCUCGUCGAAUGUAGGUUAUAA